UUUCAUCUCAACGCCAGCACUGGCGUGAUGGAGGAUCUGAAGCAAAAGAUGGGGGUCAUGUCACAGACAAUAUGCCCGAGUUCACAGGCUCCAUCUGACGAGGACUUGAAGGCCCAGAAUAAUGUGAAAGAAGAGAAAAUGCAGUUGAGGAGAGAAAUCUCCCUUUUGAACGGGAUCUGCCUGAUUGUGGGGAACAUGAUUGGCUCUGGGAUCUUCAUCUCGCCGAAGGGUGUACUCAUGCACAGCUCCUCUUACGGGCUGUCUUUGCUGAUUUGGGCUGCUGGAGGCAUCUUCUCAGUGUUUGGGGCGUUGUGCUACGCAGAGCUCGGCACCACCAUCCCCAAGUCUGGAGCCAGCUACGCCUACAUCCUGGAGUCGUUCGGAGGCUUCCUUGCUUUUAUCCGUCUGUGGACGUCCAUCCUGCUGAUUGAGCCGGCCAGCCAGGCUGUGAUUUCCUUGACCUUCGCCAACUACCUGGUGGAGGCUUUCUACCCCACCUGCCAUCCGCCGUACGAUGCUGUCCGGCUUAUCGCUGCAGCCUGCCUCUGUAUGCUCAUCUUCAUCAACUGUGCCUGCGUGAAGUGGGGGACGCUGGUUCAGGACAUGUUCACCUUCGCCAAACUCAUGUCCCUCUGCCUCAUCAUCACUGUAGGACUAAUAAAAAUAGCAACUGGAGAAACAAAGAACUUUGACCGCCCGUUUGAGGGCUCCUCCACAGACCCCGGAGCCAUUGCUUUGGCCCUCUACUCGGCUCUGUUCUCCUACUCCGGCUGGGAUACACUUAACUUUGUCACUGAGGAGAUUCAGAAUCCUGAGAGGAAUCUGCCCCUGGCCAUUGCCAUUUCCAUGCCCAUCGUGACCAUCAUCUACCUGCUGACCAACGUGGCGUAUUAUGUGGUUUUGGACAUGUCAUCUCUGCUGGCUAGUGACGCCGUUGCUGUGACCUUUGGGAAUGCAGUGCUCGGGCCGUUCAAGUGGAUCAUCCCUGUUUCGGUGGCCAUGUCCUGCUACGGGGGACUCAAUGCUUCCAUCAUUUCUGCCUCACGGUUGUUUUUCGUCGGCGCCAGAGAGGGCCACCUCCCCAACAGUCUGAGUCUGAUUCACCUGCAGCGCUACACACCCAUACCUGCACUGCUGUUCAAUGGGUUAAUGGGUCUGAUCUUCCUGUGUGUAGAGGACGUGUUCCAGCUCAUCAACUACUUCAGCUUCAGUUACUGGCUCUAUGUGGGUCUGUCUGUGGCCGGCCUCAUCUACCUGCGCAUCACUCAGCCAGACAGACACAGGCCUGUGAAGUUGACUCUGUUCUUCCCCUUCGUCUACUGUCUGUGUAGCCUGUUCUUAGUGAUCGUUCCUCUGUACGGAGACACCAUCAACUCUCUCAUCGGAAUUGGCAUUGCACUGUCUGGGGUGCCCGUCUACUAUGUGGCCAUUUACCUGCCUGAGGAGAGGAGACCCAAAUUCAUACGCAAGUUAAACGACUUUGUCACCAGAUCGGCCCAGAUGCUGCUCUGCUGCUGUCUGACUGAAUUUGACACCGAGGCCGACGUACAAGCAGGUGGUAAAACGCAGUGAGCCGCAGACAAUCCGUCGCUCAUUAGCCGGCGUUCUACCGGAGGCCUCCGUCUGGUCCGUGUGUCGACAUUCUUUUCUCUCACGAACGCAAGGAAGGCCCGGGCCUCGCGUGGACAGAGUGACGUUGGUGCAGGAGUUUGUGAGGAUUACUCCUCCCAGGUCAAGUUACAAAAAAGGUCCUGACAUCUCAAAUGACUCACCGCGGAGGAGCAGGCACUUGAGGAACUGCAAACUUUUGCUUUCUUGUGAAAAUGAGAUACAUUUUUUUCUACGGAGGUCAAGGAAUAUCUUCUAUGUGGAUCUCAUCAAACUACGGAAUAAAUAUGCUCACUUUUUAAUUUUGUUUAGACUUUUAGUGAAGCUGUAAACCAAAUUACUUUGUGCCUGGCAUUGUUUAAAACAAAUCCAUCAAAUAAUGACUGUGGGGUUGGAAUUGAAUCAAUCAUCAGAUAUUUGUAGAGUUUGUAUGAAACAGUUUAUUUUGACCAAUUUAAGGAGGCUUUUCACCACUCUUACACUGCAUUGUGUAUCUUUGGUACGCUAUGUUUGCUCCACGUUAUUUCAGAGCAGGUUUGUCGAAGCAAACAACCUCCUGCAACUGGACGGUAGCUCGCUCGCUCGCCAUUUGCAGGCUUCAGCCUCUCCACAAAGGGGAGCUGUUUCAUUAUUGUCAGACAUGCCAACCUGAGCCUUAUGACUGUCCUCCCCUAAAGAAAUACUUUCAACUAAUCGAUUGAAAAUUGAGUUCCUCCACAACAAAAUCACACUAAAAAGCACCACUUUUCUUGGAAAUAUGAAAAAUGACAAUCGACUAAAGAAAUCUUUGUCAACUGAAAUGAAAAUGACGAAUUAGUUAAUUAAUUGACUAAAAUGGGGCAGACCGAGCAAGAGCGUGUCAUGCUAUUGGCGCAGGUUGGACUCCAGCUGCAGUUUCAUGUGUAUUAAUACAUUUAUAAGAUGAAUAAUGGGGUGCUGACUUGGACAAUCACUACUUGUUGUGUUAUAAACUGUAACACUUGUCAUUUUAGACAUAGUUUGUCUUUAGGAUGUAUCUGUUUAUUAUUUAUAUUUAUGUUUCUUCAUCGCAUUGCCUUGUGAUAAAACUGCAUGCGUUUUAAUGCAUCCUAUUAUUGAAUUAUUUUAAGUACCAUUUUCUAAAAGCCACUGUCACAAAAGAAAGGAAUUUUCUUUGCAAGUUUGCAAUAAAUAAAUAUGUAUUCUUAGUCAACCAGAUUGAAAGACAAAUUAGAAACGAGAUGCUGUUGGAGUGUAAAUACAGGGAACUGAAGUCAAUCAUCACAUCUAUCACACUGCCAUCUUAUUAUUGAGUUGUGCUUUGUUUCCAACAGAAGCUCACAAAAAGCUGUAUUUGUGUUCUGAUUCAAUUCAUUUAUUGUAAAAUCAUCAGCGUUCAUAAAAUAUUGAAACAUUGUUA